ACAGCAUUUGAAAUACGUAUUGAACGCUCAAGGUCGUUGAGACGGAACGGCGGGCAGCUUUUCCUGAACUUCUUCUUAACAGAAGACAGUACUGUCACCUGGAUUCAGUAAGCUAUCUAUGGAGGAAUUGGAAAGUUGGAAAAGAACUCAUGAAACUCCAACUGAAUGGCGCAUAAGGCGAUCGUUUUUGGAAAAAAAUUUUAAUAAAUUACACCCUGAACGCUUGGAGUGUCUUUCACAUUGUUUUACUAAUGCUACAUUGUACAAAGUCAAAUAUCCAGAAAAAGUCAUGGAAGAGGUAUUAGAAAAUUUAGUUUUUGUAACCUGAUUAAUGUUUCAAUUAGAUCAACCUUCUUGGGGAAGGAAUUGAAGAAGCCAAUACUUGUGAACAGAGUAAAAAUUUCAGUUGACGAUAAAUCGGAGUUAUAUAUAUCAACAUUUUUGUAAUUUAUUAUGAUGCGAAUUUCUAGCGGACAUGUUUUUCUACUAUUCUAACCGGAUAGUUGAAGUAAUGUGUAUCGUCAAUAUAUAUUUCAACACGUACUUCUUGACUGUUGUUUCAGAGAUUAGAUGUUCUUGUAUCAUUAUGAAGGCAGCUGUCACUUUCCGUCUGCUCACACCAUGAAAAGGCAUUCUUCCUUGGGUUACCUGAAAAGGAAACUGUAUUAGUUGUGAUCUGAGAGCGUGACCACACAACCCAAGAGACAACUGCUUGUGGUAGAUCAUACAGCCUUUUUGUGGAGAGAUAGCUUCGCACUUUGAAAGCCAUUACCACCAGAGACGGAAAUCAGUGUCGCAAGGUAAAGUAUGCUACUUUUAGGAUUUGACAGCAACCUCUAUGUGGAUGCUUAUCCGCCGCCUACACUGAAGAGCGGUACUUGGUAGUGCAGAGGUAGGUUGAGAAAGAUAAGAGUGGUCAGACUAAAGAGUGCCGUCAGUUCGUGAGGUCACUGCUUAUUGGUCUAAUCCAUGUUGAUAAAUGCAGAAAUCUUCGAGAACGAGGACGUUUAGAUAUAGUCGAAUUUCCACCAAAGAUGAGCCGCUGUAUAAGUAUAAAAGAGGGCGAAUAAUGUGGUAAAUAAUAAUUUGCAUCAUUUGAUUGUUAUUCAAAGCAAGAAAAGUAGUUUCCAUAGAGUUCAUCUUUUUCUUCACGCUCCUUACCUUUUUUCUUUCUCUUCGAAUUCUCAUUGUCUUGUGUGGCGCAUAUAUAUUGGCGCUCUCUUGUACCAGUAUUUAUGUGUUCAAAUAAAUAAAUAAAAUAAAUUCAGACCACCUGGUUGUAGUCUGUGUGAUAACUGGUAACAUGGCUCGGGAUCGUUCACAGUGGCGCAGAUUCAUCCACGCUCUAUCUUCUGGAUUAUGAAUUCCGGUAUUCCUUCGUUCAUACCUUCCUAUUGUAUUUUUAAACCAUAUUCCCAACACUUAGUCUUCCUCAUCAUGAUUGUUACUACAUUACUUCGAUCUCUUCUGUUACUUUAUUCCCGUCAAGCCAAUCGGGUUUGAAAAGUUAGGCCAAAGAAAUCUGUCUGUCAGAAAUUAAGUUAGCUGAAGAUCAGAAACGAUAUUAAAGGUUUUCACAAAAAUACCGGACGUUGCAGUUCAUCAGUUUGCUAGUCUUUAAAUUAGUUCAACGAUGAUUUGUGGUAUAGUUUAGUGAAAAAGUUUAUACGUUGAUCAUAUAAAUCGGUCUUUGCAGCGAUUGAGUGUAAUUAUUGUAAUAACACAUUUAUGAUGUAAAAAUAUUACUCCUACUCAUCAUUCCCACUAAUUUUAUUUCCUUUGUCUCUGAUUGUUAACUUACUACAAAUAAUUUAUGUAUUUUUUGUUAAAAAGGUCGUCUUAGUUACACUGUACACUUGUCAGAAAUAUUAUUCACUGUGAAAAUUGUACCGACAAACCUCAUAGACAUGUUGUUUUUUUUAAUGUCCCGAUUAAAUAUUAUCAGUACAAAAAGGUGUUUUAUUUCACUACGGUAUAGUCAAAAAUUCAUUCACUUGGGGAUUGUUUCCUUAAGUAAGUAUCUAUUCAGUUAUAUCAAUCAAAAUGAGCUACCUCAGAAUCCAAUUAAUCGAAUUUUCUUUCAUAUUACACAUUUGUGCGAACUCUGAUUACUAGGUACUCUUUAAGUAAUAAAAGUAUUUAAACAGCAUUAAUGUAUCAAUGUUAUGUGUAUGCAAAUAACUAUACUCGCAAAUUUUGAGAAAUAAACCAGUAUAUUCGUAAACAGUUAGUUAGUUUUCCCAGGUAGAACAGUUGAAUACUCUUUGAUAAAUAUUAAAACGCAUUAUUCCCAUGUUAUUACUGAAACAUAAUGUAAUUUGAUAACGAUUUUAUGCUCAUUACUGACUAGUUUCGAAUUAGAUUUCUCAAAAUUCUCGUGACCUGCGGAGUUAGCGAGGCCAGUAGUGGGACAGUUACUCAAUAAAGCCGUUAAAUUGACUUUACGCGAAACCGUCAAUUCACUGAGACUUAAAAUUUCUAUACUUCUUAUCUAGUCUUUCCUCGUUUAAUUUUUCCAUUGUAAUUUGGAUCUACUAGCCAAUCGUUUUGGUCGUCUUCGUCUGCGAUAAACCUGUGUGCCUCCCCUAUUAGUUAUAGCUUCUUGGCUAAUACAAUUAGUCGGAAUAGAUCAAAUAGCAUUAUUUCAUUAGGUUUUUUUAUUCAAUUUUAAUUUAUAUGAUGCAAAAUUACCGAAUCAUAUCAUGUAGCAUUCAUCAACAUGAGUUCUUUGUAAGACAAAAGAAACAAUAGUCCAUAGAUCUGAUUUUAAAACGUCUAAGUUUAUCAUUUACUUAAAUAAACCGAAAUGGGAUUGCAUCUCAACGUUGGUGUGAGUACUUAUUGUCAGGAACAUUGUCAUAUUUUCAGCAAUUGUAGUAGAUAUCAAUAUACCCUCUAUUCUUAAUCUUGAGAAAGAGUAGUCAUUUGUAAAGUUGGGAAAUAUUAUUUUGAUCAUAAGAUUACCAACGGCGAGACUAUAAUUUAUGGACGAACCAACCACAUCUUGGAUGUUGGCGCGGAAUUCAUUCAGCUAUUUGUCUAAAUAGCGUUUUAGCUUAUGUCAGUUUGUGAUGAAAACCAUGAAUCUAAUUCUUAACCCUAACCAUCAGCUGUAAAUCAUAAUCCUUAUUUUUCAAACUGCUUUACAACCAUCAUUUAGCCCUAUUAAGUAGGUGGACAUUCUCAAGAUCACUGUGGCGUCGCUUAAAAGUCGUCCAUAAAUUAGUCUCACCAUUAUCAACUAAUAAAAGUUGGAGAAUCAGUUAGUUUGAUUUACUUAUAAAUUUAAAAAAAUUGGUUUCCGCCUACGUUCACCAAAGUGUGGACGCAUAAACUUAUCAUCUAACAUUGUCCCAAAACUUUAAAAGGGACUAUCUCUGACAGGUUAUAUAUUUUUCUAUCUCUGAUAUAUACGUCUAUAUAUAGGAUGUAUAAAUAUAAACUUGAGUACAAUGGAUGCCCAUAUAUUCUUUUCAAAAACAAAACAAGAUGUAAAACUAGAGGGAGAGAAAACAAAGAAAAUACGGCGAAAAAACUAAUCGUGACAUGUUAAAGAAUAAGCUCUCAAAGGACAAGAAAAAGUAUGAAUAAGUAACAAAAAUAAAUCUCUAAAAAAGGCGUCCAAGUUUUAU